CAACAAUAACAUUCUGGUUGGUCAGUGAGCCACAUCUCUGAACAGACAAAACUAUCAAUAAUAUUGUUCAUGCUUUACUGAAACAUAGUACAACUACACCUGCUGUCUGUUUUGGAACAUAAUGUCCUCUCAAGCGUUUAUGUGGGAACUAUUCAUCACCCCAACAAUUGAUUCUACCCGGACCGAAAUCAACGUUGCUCUUCAGACAGGCAUGGCGUCCAAACGAUUUCUAUAGAAAAUAGCAGUGUAAAAGACACAUCAUUUAGCCCGGCAUUGGUGCCCUACUGUUAAACCAGUACCAGAGAUUCAUCGCCAAAAGCAACAAUGGCGUGUCGUACCAUAUGUCAACUUCUACAGCGCCGGUUGGCAUCCAGUGCUACCUCUGUGCGUCUCUCGGCUGCUGAGGUGCGUGGUCGGCGCAGCGCUGUGUUUUCCCGGGAGCAGGCUCGCCAGCGUUCCCUGUACCCACGCACAGAGAAGAUCGAGGUGACCUUGCAAAUACCCGGUCUGCAGGGCACCCUGCUCGUCAUGAACAAGGGACUGUCCACACCACACAGCUGUGCACGCCACUUGACAGAGUGGUAUGUAACCAGCUCUGCCCUGGCCUUAGUAGACGGAAAGCCCUGGUCCCUGCACCAGCCCCUCACCCAAUCCUGCUCCCUCUCCCUGCUCACCUUCAAAGACACAGACCCACUGCUGGUCAACCAGGCAUACUGGCGGUCGUGUGCAGCCCUCCUUGGCCAGGUCCUUCUGGAUGCCUUUAAAGAAGACUUUUCUGUGGAACUGCUCAGGCUCCCAGAGGUGCUAGUAACUUCAGGAGCGUUCUGUUGUGAUGUGGUGCUGGAUCCUCAGUUAGACGCCUGGAACCCUUCAGAGGAGUCCCUGCGCUCUCUGACGCGUGGUGCUCAGCAGCUGAUCCAUCGGGACCUGCCCUGGGAGCCUCUGGAGGUGGCGCCCCCUGUUGCCCUGGAGGUCUUCUCUCACAGCAGGUGUAAGCAGGAGGAAGUGGAGGAGAAGUCGGCACAAAGUCCUAAAGGCACAGUGAUCCUCUACAGGUGUGGGGACCAUGUUCUGUUGAGUGGGGGCCCCUUGGUGGCGAGGACAGGGCUGUGCUCUCAGUAUGAGGUCACUGCCAUCCACCCUCUAGGAGAGGGCAAGUGGGGUCUCCACCGCCGGGCCCAGGGGCUCUCACUGCCCCUCCAGCAGCAGGCCCACCACACUGUGUGGAGGAAACUGAGGAGCAGGGCAGAGAAGCUGGUUGAGGUGCCCACAGGAUCAACCAAUGAAGCCAUUUCAGAUACAUUGACUCUGCCCUCUGCCCCUGAACAGACUCCUCCCCAUACUCCCCAACAAUGAUCAUGACUAUAACCUUGUCAUUAUAUAUGUCUUUGUGAUAUUUGUGGAAUAAAUGUGUAGCACAUGGAAA